UUGCUUCUUUAAGAUGCUUCGCUAUUUUAGUAUAGAACAUAAUUAUUUUAAACAGUAGAAAACUAAAAGAUUCCGCGAACAACUAUGAUUUGACAUUGAUAUUUCUCGGACACUCUUCUCUUUGAUGUUCCAGUGUUAUUCUUAUACAGUGUUGUUGACUUGCAGUAAACCCCUCCUUGUACGAUGGAGAAGAUUCAGCACAGUGAGGUGGAAGUGAAGGGACUGAAGCUGCAUGUGGCAGAGGUUGGAACUGGGUCCAAGGCAGUGCUAUUCUUACAUGGAUUCCCAGAGAUCUGGUACACAUGGAGGCACCAGAUGAUUGCUGUGGCAAACGCUGGCUAUAGGGCUAUUGCUUUUGAUUUCAGAGGGUAUGGGCUCUCUGAGCAACCAGCUGAGCCAGAAAAGGAAACCAUGUAUGACCUAAUUGAUGAAAUAGUGGGUCUUUUGGAUGCCUUAAACAUAACCAAGGCUUUCCUUGUUGGCAAGGAUUUUGGGGCAAUCGUUGCAUAUCGUACAGCAGCUGUGCACCCAGAAAGAUUUGGUGCUGUAAUAACUUUAGGCAUUCCUCCUGGUUCCUAUGCUACCCAAAACCACCGUCUCCCCAAAGGCUACUACUUUAAUAGGUGGCAAGAGCCUGGGAGAGCAGAAGCGGAUUUUGGCCGGUUUCCUGUGAAAUCAGUGAUAAGGAACAUCUACACUCUCUUCUCUAAAAGUGAGGUUCCAAUAGCAGCUGAUGAUCAAGAAAUCAUGGACUUGUUUGACCCGUCUACCCCUCUACCACCAUGGUUCUCUGAGGAAGACCUUUCAACCUAUGCAUCUUUAUAUGAAAAAUCUGGAUUCAGAUACACAUUGCAGGUUCCUUACAGGAGUCUCAAUGUGGAAACGGGCUCAAGGGACGUGAAGGUUACAAAUCCAGCACUUCUCAUCAUGGGUGAGAAAGAUUAUGUUUUCAAGUUUCCAGGUACGGAGGACUAUAUCCGAAGUGGGGCAGUGAAAAAUGCUGCGCUGGACUUGGAAAUCACAUAUAUUCCGGAGGGAAGCCAUUUUGUGCAUGAACAAAUUCCAGACAAGACAGUGCCGUUGACUUGCAGUAAGCCCCUCCUUGUAUGAUGGCGAAGAUCCAGCACAAUGAGGUGGAAGGGAAGGGAAGGGACUGAAGCUGCACGUGGCUGAGUUUGGAACGGGCUCCAAGGCAAUGGAUUCCUAGAGAUCUGGUAGACAUGGAGGCACCAGAUGAUUGUUGUGGCAAACGCUGGUUAUUGGGCUAUCUAUUACUUUUGAUUUUAGAGGUUAUGACUCUCUGAGGAACCAGCAGGAGCCAGAAAAGGAAACCAUGUUUGAUUUAGUUCAUGAAAUUGUGGGUCUUUUGGACGCUUUAAGCAUCACCAAGGAAUGACAACUUCUACAAUUAUUACAAGCAUCUCAUGAGGAAGCAUCGGAAGCAUAGUGAAUGUUGUAUGUACUACUACUACCUUCUGCGCUUCAGGGGUCCAGUCUUAUAGCCACUCUUGGUUGGCUUGCCCCAAGGAGUGCGAGAUCCUUUCCCCCAUUUUCCACUACUCUUGCUUUUACCCUCUCCUCCCCCAUGAGGAUGAUCUACGGGAUUCAUAGCCACUCCUCGAACAACAGGUCUUCGACCAAGCCAUCGGCUGUGUCCGGCCUUCCUAAGCUUGCGAUCCCCAUGGCUUGGAUUAGACACAACACCAAUGGUGGCCCUACACCGAGAGUCAAUUAACUUUUUAACACCUGAGGGCAUCUGGAUUAAACAGUAUGCUGAUGUGGGCUCCUUCAAGAUCUUUGCACUAGUUCCUGCAGCUCGGACAAGCUUGCCACCUUGCCCUGGGUUCAAUUCAAUGUUGUGAAUGAUUGUUCCAAUUCGCAUUGCAGACAAUGGCAUGCAACUUCCAAUUCGUGAGUUUAUGUCAGAAUACAUCAUUUGAUUCAUCAUACUCUCUCGUGUUCUUUGGGAACUGGUGUUUGUCACCUCUGUGGAAAGGCAGGACAACAAUUACACGUAACUAAAUGAUAGAGAAAGAAGCAACAAAGGCAGCAUAGAAGCCAUGAUUUCAAUUUUGGAUUUAGCAGGUCUAAGAUAUCAUUUAACCCAUA